ACCGUCUAUCACGCUGGAAGUGGCAAAUUAGCCCACCGCCCGCCCAUUCGUCCAUUUCGACCUAACUUAGAUUAUACUGCUGGGGCUAUUAUAGGCCCAUCUCGAAGAAGAAAAAGCCGAGGAACGAGAGAGGAAGGUAACGGUGAAUUUCGCACUCUCAAUGACGACGAACUGAACUGAAAUGCACGUCUCUCUCUGUCCAAAAUCCUUUCAUCUCUUUCACUGUCUUUCCAGAUCUGUCAAAAUCGCGGAUCAACGACGUCGUUUCGUAUCCUAAUCCGGAUGUAACUUGAAUUAGGAUCAUUUAAAAAAAAAAAAGAAUCAGGCAAGCUCAUGUUUGAAAAUCAGACGGCAAUCGCUUCUUCUCACAGUCCUCACCUUCGGAAACCUGGCUCCAAAUCUGUUUCUUCUGACCUAGGGGCUGGUGAACCUGGAAAUAGUGUUCAAGAGGGUUACGUGUUUCCUUUGACGGUAGGUGAAAUGAAGGCUUCUAAUUCACCCAUGCACACCACAGCCAUAAUGCCUUCUCCCAUCUUUCUAUGGAGAUUUAAGGUUAUAUGGUUUCUGAUAUGGGCCUUCACUUGUUGCAAGAUUGGAUGGGAUUCAGUCAUGAGAAUGAGCGCGGACUUGCGAGACUUGUUCUUGUAUGAGGCAUUCUUAUAUUAUAACCCUCUCCUCCUUGUGACUAUGAUGGUUUGGCUAUGGGGAGUGUGUUUAUGGGUCUUCUCACAAAGCACUAUUAAUUAUGCAAAAAUAUUUGAUCUUGAUUCAAACCACCUUACUCACAGAGAAAUAUGGAAGUGUAGCAUAUGGAUGACAGUUAUAGUGCCAACUAGCAUGACAGCAUACCUUUAUCUUUACUCCCAUGGAGAAGUAGCAUUGGCAGCAUCACAACCAGUGAUCCUCUAUGUUGCUGUUGCUUUGGUUUUGAUAUUCCCCUUUGACAUUUUCUAUUUUUCAUCUCGUUACUUCUUGCUAAGAACACUCUGGCGUAUAGCUCUCCCACUUCAGCCAAUUUCAUUUCCUGACUUCUUCUUGGCUGAUAUUCUGACCUCCAUGGCCAAGGUAUUUUCAGAUUUGGAGCGUUCAGUCUGUCGAAUGGUUCAUCGCCAGGUCGCAACAAUCGCAUGGUUUGAAGCGGACUCAGUUUGUGGCAGCCACUCAGUUGCAAUUCCACUAGUGCUUGUUAUUCCUUAUAUUUGGCGGCUACUGCAAUGUCUGCGGCAGUACAAGGACACAAAAGAGAAACCAACUCUUUUUAAUGCUUUAAAAUAUUCAACAGCUGUCCCUGUGAUUUUUCUCUCGGCUCUUAAAUAUCAUGUUUCACCUGAUAGGUGGACAUAUGUUUAUCGUCGCCUCUGGCUUUUUUCAAGUGUUGUCAACUCACUCUACUCAUUUUAUUGGGACAUAACACGUGAUUGGGACCUUAGUGUCUUCACCAGAAUCUUCAAGUUCAACAAACCAAGUUUGUGCACCAAUCUGUUCUAUGGGCGAAGAUGGGUUUAUUUUUGGGUUAUCGGAAGCAACUUGAUUUUGCGUUGCACAUGGACAUAUAAACUGUCUGCUCAUCUCCGCCACAACUACUUGACUGUGUUUAUGGUCACUGCCUUAGAGAUGCUAAGAAGGUUCCAAUGGAUAUUCUUCCGAGUUGAAAAUGAAUGGAACAAAAUUACCAAGUCCGGUUUUCAGAUUCCGAUGGUUGACAUGCCAAGAGAGGAGGAAAAGUUACUGGGCUCAACUAAUCACAAUGUGUAGAUGAUCAUACAAGUCUCUCUCUGGCUGGCUUUAAGUAGCUUCAAAUUAAUUUCAUUCUUUGCGCUGCUAUGACUCAUAUUAUUUCAGGCCUGAAGCAGUUGCUGCAUUUUGGUUGCCCCUGUUUGACAUUGAUGAUAUGAUAUAUGAUAUAUACAUACAUAUAUAUCUAUAGGUUUGGACUUUCGUGCCUUAAGGCUUCUUGCGCAACAGUUUUGAUUUUGAAAGCGGUUUAGAUUAGAUGUAUAAUAUGAAUUUUUUUUUUACUGAUAUUGGAGAAUUUUAGAAGUCUUAGAUUUAAAUUA